CAGCAUUUGACAUUCACAAAACACGUCAGCCGGUGGGAUUAUUUUGUAUUUUUCUUCAUUAACAACAUAACAAUCCCCUAAAAUUACUAAUUAUAAUUUAAAUAUCAACAUAUUAUGUCUGCAAGUGAACAUAAAUACAGCAUUUUGCUUCCUACAUACAAUGAGAAGGAAAACUUACCAAUUAUCAUAUGGCUUAUUGUAAAGUAUCUCAGCGAAAGUGGCCACAAAUAUGAAAUUAUUGUAAUUGAUGAUGGUAGUCCCGAUGGCACUUUAGAUGUGGCUAAAGAUUUGCAGAAAAUAUAUGGUGAGGAGACCAUAGUGCUUCGACCGCGCGGUUCUAAAUUAGGUCUUGGUACUGCGUACAUACACGGCAUUAAGCAUGCGACAGGUGAUUUUAUUAUCAUAAUGGAUGCAGAUUUAAGUCAUCAUCCGAAAUUCAUUCCAAAGUUCAUUGAACUACAAGCAAAAGAAGACUACGAUAUUGUUUCUGGUACAAGGUAUAGCGGUGAUGGUGGUGUUUUUGGUUGGGAUUUCAAGCGCAAGCUGAUUUCGCGUGGCGCUAAUUUCCUUUCGCAAAUCUUACUACGUCCAAACGCUUCCGAUCUGACGGGGUCUUUUCGCCUAUACAAGAAGAAUGUGCUUGAGAAAUGCAUUGCCAGUUGUGUUUCAAAGGGUUACGUGUUCCAAAUGGAGAUGUUAGUACGCGCUCGCCAGCACGGAUACAGUAUUGGUGAAGUGCCGAUAACAUUCGUAGAUCGUUUAUAUGGCUCUUCGAAGUUGGGUGGGACAGAAAUUAUACAAUUUGCCAAAAAUUUGUUGUACUUAUUUGCUACAACGUGAGAAUGUAUUAGUAAUAUAUACAAUUUUCGUAAUAAAAGCGUAAAACUUUAAAAAGAA